AUGGCUGCAGCGCAGUCAGUGAUUGAAAGUUCCAGCUUUGGAUGGGGUCAAACUAUAUCUCCGAACAGGGAUUCCAUCCCGGGAUGGCACGUUGGGGGAGAAGGCCAUAGUCCUCAGAUUCUUUCUAACAAAAUGAUCCUAACACCUCCUUAUCCGGGGAAUACGAGAGGGUUUGCUUGGUCACAGACUCCUGUAUCGCAGCAGUGGUGGGAUGCCGAAUUCCAGUUCCGAGCCAGCGGUAGUGAGAGGGGAGGUGGUAACCUCCAGAUAUGGUAUGCAAAGGAUGGGCAGAGUAAAAUUGGCUCCUCUAGCAUAUACACUGUGGGUCAGUUCGACGGUCUUGCGAUUGUUAUUGAUACCCAUGGCGGCAGAGGAGGCAGUGUCAGAGGGUUCCUCAAUGACGGUACAACGGACUAUAAAAGCCACAAAAGUGUGGACAGCUUGGCUUUUGGCCAUUGUAGCUAUGCUUAUCGCAAUCUUGGGCGCCCUUCUGUUCUCCAUGUCAAACAUACCACAUCUGGUCUUCAAGUCACCGUUGACGAUAAGCUAUGUUUCUCCACCAACAAGGUUGUACUGCCUUCCGGUAACAACUUUGGUGUGACAGCAGCGACUCCGGAAAACCCGGACUCUUUUGAAGUCUUCAAAUUUGUCCUACAGAGCAGCUCGUCCGGGUCGAGCAAAUCCGCUCCUCCAGUCCAGGAACGGGGUAACCAAAAGCCCGUUGGACUAGGCAAACCACAGCAACAACCAGCCCGUGCAGAGACCAAGUCCCCCAACUUGAUAGAUCAACAAUUCGCUGAUCUCGGUGCCCGUCUCCAGCUCCUCAACCACGCCACCAGCAACAUCAUCCGUGAGAUCGGCAUGAUUAACACCAAGAGUGACAAGCGCCACACGGAGCUGACCCAACAGUUGGCCAGCAAAAGCGAGCUCUCCUCUCUCGACGUCCGGCUUCAGAGAAUAGAGCAGGCGCUGCAGAAUAUCCAGCGGGACCUCGAAGGCAAGGACUACCGCGACCAAUUCAACAAGCUCCAGGAUAUCCUCCGGUCCUCCCAUGUGACACUGACCAACAGUCUGCAAGGCCACCUUCUCAACGUUGUUACCGCAUCGUCACCUCGCAUGGGCUUCUUCAUCUGCCUCAUCAUUGCCUUCCAGGUGUUCCUCGCCGUCUCAUACAUCAUCUACAAGCGUCGUCGUGCCAACAUGCCCAAGAAAUUCCUCUAG